AUGGCUACUAGGAAACACUUAAUAUUGGAGUUCCCCAACACAUCAUGUGAGGUGAAGCUGCUGUCUCUUGGUGGGCGAGGGAGAGUGGCUGUGGCUCUGGUCGUGAUGGGCCUGCAGACUCAGACACCUGCAGACUGCUCUCCAAGCCUGGGGCUCUGUGUGCAGUGCAUGAGAGAGAUGGUCACCACCCUCUCACCGGGGUCCCAGAGUCCCAUGGACAUGGUGCAGUUUCAGCAGAAGGUGGGUCCAGUUCUCGUCAAAUCAGCAGUCACCAAUACCAGUCAAUAGAAGCCUCAGUGGAA